AUGUCACAUGCCAUGCAACAGAACCCACCGGCGCCGAAAUUGAAGCGGAGGAGGGGAAAAGAUUUGAUCUUUUUAAUCAAGGGGCUUCUGGGGUUUGCGAGGAUGAGGCUCAAUGGAGAAAUCUCAAGCGGAGAAGACGAAGAAGAGAAGGAAGCCGGAACGACGAUGUUUUCGGCGCAGAAAGUGGUGGUUGGGUAUGCCUUAACGUCAAAGAAGAAAAGAAGCUUUCUGCAGCCAAGUUUCACUGCCCUUGCACGGAACAAGGGGAUAUACUUCGUCGCUGUUGAUCUAAACAAACCACUACCAGAACAAGGUCCUUUUGAUAUUAUCUUGCAUAAGUUAUCAGGGGAGGAGUGGCAUGAGAUUAUUGAGGAUUAUAGGCAAAAACAUCCUGAGGUAACUGUCCUUGAUCCUCCCGAUGCAAUUCAACAUUUACACAAUCGCCAAUCCAUGCUGCAAGAUGUGGUGGAUCUGAACUUAUCUGACUGCCAUGGCAAGGUUGGCAUUCCACGUCAGCUAGUUAUCACAGAAGAGAAAGACCCCUCUAGCAUUCCUUAUGAAGUCGCCAAAGCUGGGAUGAAGUUGCCAUUAGUUGCAAAACCACUAGUUGUGGAUAGUACUGCAAAGUCACAUGAACUAUUUCUUGCUUAUGACGAAUUCUCUCUAUCAGAGCUUGAACCUCCGCUGGUUCUACAGGAGUUUGUCAAUCAUGGUGGUCUUCUCUUUAAGAUUUACAUUGUUGGGGAAACCAUAAAGGUUGUGAGGCGUUUCUCUCUUCCUAAUAUCAGUAAGCGUGAACUAUCAAAAGUUGCAGGUGUAUUCCGUUUCCCAAGAGUUUCAUGUGCAGCAGCUUCUGCAGAUGAUGCUGAUCUAGAUCCUAAUAUAGCAGAACAUCCACCGCGUCCAUUAUUGGAGAGGCUUGCCAAGGAGCUCCGUCAUAGAUUGGGACUCCACUUGUUCAACAUAGAUAUGAUUAGAGAAUAUGGAACCAAGGAUGUGUUUUACGUCAUAGACAUCAACUACUUUCCAGGGUAUGGGAAAAUGCCAGAUUAUGAGCACGUAUUUACAGAUUUUCUACUUAGCCUGGUGCAGAGCAAGUAUAAGAAGAAACUUACUACCUAA